CAUGAAAUCUGUCCGAAUGAAAGAUUUGACUCUUUUUAUAUCUAUUUUGAUUUUCUUUUCUCUUAGAUGAAUUGAUUCAUGCAGCAAAAUUUUGGAAAAACAAUAUAUAUAAAUAUAUUCAUCAUAUAUCUAAAUUAGAAUUAGAUGUACAUGUUUCACCAAUAACACGAUCAAUAUUAAAAAUUGAAUUAGCUAUAGUACCAGACUUUCAAUAG